AUGGAAGUUCUCCUAGGCUGCGAAGUCCGUGCUGCUGCUGCUGAAAUUUGCAUUUUGCUAUUUGUCUUGCACAGUUUGCAUUCAGCCUGAAUGUUUGCUUGCUAAAACGUUCGGCCCGCGUCUUAGUCUUUAUGGCACUUUUCCAGCACGAAGCAAAACAGAGACACUUAUACAAGCAGGAACCGUAUGGGUGGCACUUAAAAAGUGGCUUAUCUUUUAAGGUGGCUUGUGGAGCAUCAAACUUCAGCACGCCCAGAGGCUUAGUGAGAGCAGCAGGCCAGGCAGGGAGGCACAGUGGUUGCUUCUCCUUGGCCUCGUGGCUACAGCCUAACACAGCAAAGCACAUUCAGUCCCAAGGAGAAUGCAGAAUUGGGGGGAAUUGGCUGUUACUUACAGAACUGCUUGCCAACAGAGAUGUUCUCCCUUUUUGACGGUUUGCCAUGGUGUUGUGUCUCGCCUAAGGAAAGGGGAGAAAUCUUACUUUGUUUCUUGUUAUUUCUCUGCCCUUCCACCCAAGGCCCCAGGGUUUGGUUGCGACAGAGAAAACACAAUAUUAAAAUCAGUUUAAAGAAACUGACAAUCACAGAAAUAAUGUAGGUGCUGAAAAUAUACAUCCCAGGUUGUCAAAAGCCACUCGUCAUUUGCCAGAAGCUGUGCAAUGAAGGUGUCAGACACACUUCUGUGGGGAAGGGGUUUCCCAGCUCAGGGGCCACCACAGAGAAGGCCCUGUGCUGCCACCCCUUGAGCCUCAGUGGGUGGAGGAACGACCAAAAGGGCCCCCUCUGCCUAUCUCAGCACCCAAGAGAGUCUGUAAGGAAGGAGGUGGUUUUUUAGGUAUUUGGGUUAUAUCUGCGUUGUUUUAAUGAGAAACGACCUUAUUCCAGCAUUUCAAACCAUUGCAUGAACCCAACACACAGUUAUCCUCUGCAAUCUGCACUUCUUUGAAUUUUGCAAAACGCUUCUCCAACUAAAUAAUGUGUAUUAAAGGGUGCAUAAGAAUGUGUGUAUUAGUGGGGAAAGCAUCAUGAACGCAUUAUAUGAAAGGAAGCAGUUUGAAGAAAUAUGCACAUUAGUCAAAAGUGCAUACAAAAAAUGUGUACAUUAAGAGAAAUUUGCACUAAAUUGCCAGCAAAGUUUCAUGCAGCUUUGGAAACAUUAUACUUGUGUUGCAAGUUGCUGAAAAAAUGUGGACAACCCAAUUGGAAAAGCUGUGAGAAGUGUAGAAAUUGGCAGGUUCCUGAAUCCCUGGUCUCACCUGUGCAGUGAAUCAAAAGGGGUCCUUGCCCCCAACUCACCUUGCGCUUCUCUUCCCUUUAGCGUUGAAGAAAGGGCGGUUCUGGAUCACGCCUGACCCGUAUCACAAAGACGACAACAUCCAGAUCGGCCGGGAGGUCAAGAUCUCCUGCCAGGUGGAGGCGGUCCCUUCCGAGGAGCUCACCUUCAGCUGGUUCAAAAACGGCCGGCCGCUGCGCAGCUCAGAGAGGAUGGUCAUCACCCAGACGGACCCCGACGUCUCCCCGGGCACCACCAACUUGGAUAUCAUUGACCUGAAGUUCACGGACUUUGGGACAUACACCUGUGUUGCAUCCCUGAAGGGCGGGGGGAUUUCGGACAUCAGCAUCGAUGUCAACAUUUCCAGCAGCACAGGUGAGGGCAUUUCCGUCACUCUUGGAGUCUGAUUUGGCAGCCAGAAUUGGAGGCAAGAGAUAAUGUGUCAGGUGGCUGUUGCGGUUGCUCGAGAGUAACCUGUCAUUUUCAGGCUUUAUUUUGGUGCAAACUAUUUACAGUGAAGAGCCCCAAAGCUCAUGUCUGGCUCAAUUGCUAGCAGAAUCCGGGAGUGGUCUCUUUUUGGACCUCCCCCAACAUAAGAGUUUUGUUACCCCCAAACGACUCCCCUCUCUGCGCCUCAAACUACUGCGAGUCAUUUUGGACUCACAGCUGUCCAUGGAGGCGCAGGUUAAUUCUGUGUCCAGGGCAGCUGUUUACCAGCUCCAUCUGGUACGCAGGCUGAGACCCUACCUGCCCGCAGACUGUCUUGCCAGAGUGGUGCAUGCUCUGGUUAUCUCCUGCUUGGACUACUGCAAUGCGCUCUAUGUGGGGCUACCUUUGAAGGUGACCCGGAAACUACAACUAAUCCAGAAUGUGGCAGCUAGACUGGUGACUGGGAGCAGCCGCUGAGACCAUAUAAUACCGGUCCUGAAAGACCUACAUUGGCUCCCAGUAUGUUUCUGAGCACAAUUCAAAGUGUUGGGGCUGACCUUGAAAGCCCUAAACAGCCUCAGCCCAGUAUACCUGAAGGAGCGUCUCCACCCCCAUCGUUCAGCCCGGACACUGAGAUCCAGCACCGAGGGCCUUCUGGUGGUUCCCUCAUUGCAAGAAGUGAGGUUACAGGGAACCAGACAGAGGGCCUUCUCGGUAGUGGCGCCCACCCUGUGGAACACCCUCCCUUCAGAUGUGAAGGAAAUAAGCAGCUAUCCUAUCUUUAAAAGACAUCUGAAGGCAGUUUUUAAUAUUUAAUGCUAUACUGUUUUUAACACUUGAUUGGGAGCCGCCCAGAGUGGCUGGGGAAACUUAGCCAGAUGGGCGAGGUAUAAAUAAUAAAUUAUUAUUAUUAUUAUUAUUAUUAUUAUUAUUAUUAUUAUAUGCGCAGGAUGGGUGAUGGCAAGGGUGUGUUUCCCUCCUGUCCGGCCUGCCAAAGAGCGGUGUUAAGGCUAUCACCAGCAUCCUCUGGUCCUUGCACCUCUUCCCCACUAGAGGUGGGGCUUUCCUCCUCCCUGGAAGAGGAACUGCUUUGCAAGAUUUUUGGAGGCUCCCUGUAACACAACUGCCCUUCUAUUUCUCGCCUCUGAGGCGACUGCAGCUCCCUGACAUAAUGUUUAUUUAUUAAUGGCAUUUAUAGCCCAACUUUUCCUCCAAGGAGCUCAAGGUGGCGUCCAUAAUUCUCCUCCAGCUGCUCCUCAUUCAGUCCCCACAACAAGCACAACCCUGGGAGUUAGGUUAAGCUGAGAGAGGCAGGGACUGGCCCAAGGUCACCCAGUGAGCUCCCAGGUCCUAGACCAACGCUCUACUGGUGUUUCUCAAGCUGGGAUCCCUAGCUGGUUUUGGACUACAACUCCCAUUUCCCCUAGCUAGCAGGACCAGUGGUCAGGGAUGAUGGGAGUUGUAGUCCAACAACAACAACUGAGGACCCAAGUUUGAGAAACAUUGCUCCAACCCCUCCACCAUUGUGGAGAUUCAGGUGGGUAGGCAGUGGAUGGAGACCAGCGGCAUGGUUGUCACGGAGCCUUGAGACUCCCUUAGGUUUCCAGGAGUGAUGGGCAACCGUCUCCUCACCACUCAUUUCAACAGGGACAAAUAUCAAAGGAGCUAAUUUGGGCUGGGAUUCAUCUCACCUCUUCAUUGUUAAAACCAUGCCCAAGGUGACUUACAACAUGAACAGAUUUGCACAAUUACAAAAAAUAUAUAUAACCCUAGCUAGUUAUGAGCUAGGUGGACCAGUGGGUCUGGUUCUGUAUGAGGCCAGACCCUCCAAGUAUCCCAAUUUCCCAUGCCUGGAAUUACAGAAGACAUCCCAGUUUCUGACUGGAUCCUGGAAUGUCCCACGUUCCCUUCACUGGAGAAAUGGUGGAGAGGGUGGAAUCGGACACCCCUGUAUUCAUUGGAGAAAAGUCGGAUGGAGUGUAAUAGGACGUCCCUAUUUUCACUGGAGAAAUGUUGAAGGGUAUGUAAGGGUAUGUAAGGCCACCUACUGUAUUGAUAUGGAUCCCGAUCCUGUGGAUAGAAUGCAUCCUGCAAGUUAAGCACCUCGGCGUCGGCCCCAAUUCAGCCUAAUUUAGUCUGCUUAUUACUUAACGCUCAGAGCACCAGAGGAGAGGAAGGAAGAGCUCAUGAAGCUUUAGAUUUGAUUUCUAAGAAAGAUUAACAUUUUGGGAGGGUGACCAAGGAGGUGUCAGGGAAGAAGAGGAGGUGAGUUUUCAGCUGAGGACUGAAAGGCAAGAGGCGCUCCCAUUGUUUGAUGCUUUUGUAAAGCCAAACACCUUGACCUGUAAAGCAGACAUUGUGUCCUGGGAAUGAGUGUCUCUCCACAGUCUCCUGGUCCUUUGUGGUAUGAGUAACACGUCUCCUGGGACAACUUCGAGGAAGUCAGGCUGCUGACUCACCAGAAGGAGAAGGGGGGGUUGAACAAUGAGGGGGGCAGAGAUUCAGUCGCAGUCGGAGGCAGCAAUGCCAGUCACAGGAGGGAGGAGUUGCCCUUGUGCUUGGAUCCUGCUUGCAGGUUUCCCACAGGCAUCUGUGAGAACAGGAUGUUGGUGUAGCUGGGCCACUGGCCUGAUCCUGCAGGGAUCUUCCUGGGUUCUUAUUACUGGGGGUUGGGCUAGAUGGCCCUUCCAACUCGACAAUUCAUGAUGCUGAUAGUUAGACAACAGAACUGGCGUCCUACGGGAGGCAGUGAUGGUUACCAACUUGGAUGGCCUGAACAGAGGACUGGACAGAUUCGUGGAGGACAAGGCUAUUGAUAACUACUAGGCAUCAUGGCUAUUUUGCACCUCCACACUUGGAGGCAGCAAUGAUUCUGAACACCAGUUGCUGGAAACCACAAGAAGGGAGAGUGUGACAUGCCAGCAGUGAGAGACUCCAGGAGUUUCUGCGCUUACCCAGGAGUUAGUUUCCUUGGAAUGAAGGUCAGCGGAGACUGUGGUGUCUUUAGGCUAUGUGGAUUUAUUGGCACAUAGAUACAUCCUGAGCAUAGGAUGGAGGAGCUCACAGCAUUGACACUCCAAUGGGUGUCAAUGGGCUUCUUCAUUAGCUGCAGUUUUGGACCCAGCACAGAGGAAGCGGGAUGUCAGGUGCUGGCUGGACGAAGAGGAGGUGUGGGAGGCACCAGCCAGGGAAGAAGACUCAGGGGAGGAAGACUCAGAGCCUGGGCAGUGGUGGUGGGACACUGAGGACAGGCUGGAGGAUGAAGGUGGGGGACAGAAGGGUUGGAGGCUGAAGAAGCAACCGGCUUGAGUGAGAGAGAAGAGCUAGAGCAGAAAGCAAUGCAGACUCAGGACAUGAAGCAGAGAAGGAGGGGCUGCUUGUCUCCAAGGUCACAGAGAGCCUUGCAUGGAGCAGAACGGUCGGCAUGGUGGCCCCGCCCCAACUUAGUUUAAGGCUGCUUGGGAGACAUCUGGCAGGGGAAGAGACUUAGUGGAAAGUAGAAGGCAGAGAGCUUCAGUCCUGGCAACUGUUUCAUGGGGACCAGUCCUUUUUUAUAGGCAUCGCUGCCUGGCAUGCUGUUUUCUUGAAGGAAGAGCCAACCAUUCUGCUUGUCUACAUCUUGAGUGCUGACCUGCAUCUAGACCAGCUGACAGCAGGGUACAGUCCUCUGAGAAUUGAAAGGAACUCAGGGCAUCAUCCAGACUGACCCUGCCCCUCAAGCUCAUUACAAGCACACACACACACACAAUAUGUCAGGCCCUGGAAAGGUGGGCAUUUGCCCCCAACAUCCUCGCUGUAUCAGUUCUGGUGGGCCUGCGGGCGAGAGAAUCCCCACCCCUCCUCUAGGAUUUCGAUUCAAUAUAAGACAGAAUGUGAGCAAUGUUCAUGGAUCCUAAAGUAACUUUGCUCAGGGUUGCCAACAUCCUUCUUUCCUUUAGCACAACACAGCUGCUCAUAACUCACAGCAAGACCCAAAUGUUGAAGUGUAGUGUGAAUACAGGUCUUAUUGGAUGUCCAUGGCAUGAUGGAUGGGCGGCGGACACGGCUGUGUUGUGACCGUCUCGCCGGGUUGCCGCCGGGCCGUUCCACACAGUGGCGUAUUUCUUCUCCAGCAGAAAGUAACCGAUGCAUUAUUGUUAGUUGUGAUGGAUUCAUUUGGAAGAGGGAUUGGAGAUAUCAGAAGCAUCCAUCAGAAGGUCGGACCUGAAAGCUCCCCAUAACUUCCUCGGGCAGUGAUGGAUGGGCAAUGAUGGAUGGAGAAAGGGCUGAGAGGAAGAAAGCCUUGAGGUAGAACCAAUCUCCUUGGGUGUCCUCUUAGUCAUCAACACCGUCUAGAGGGCAGAACUUGAUCACAAUCGCACAGCAAACUCCAAGUGCAUGUGAAGGUCAUUGAGAGUUACUCAUCACUGUUUGGACUUGCAGGGAUAGCAAAGAGAUAUUUAGAAACAUUUCCAUAAUGUCCAACAAUUCACUCACCCACACACACAUAUAUAUAUCAAAUCCCAAGUAGUGCUAAGUCACUGGGUGAGUGGAAUGACUUCUGCUUCUGCAGUGGGACUUCCACCUCUCCCCACAUGCCCCCAGAUCUGUUCUGCACAUUCCUUUGUGACUCCCCAGGUGUAUUUAAAAUCACAGAAUCAUAGAAUUGUUGAGUUGGGAGGGACCCCAAGAGCCGUCCAGUCCAACCCCCUGAAAUGCAGGAAUCUCAGCUCAAGAUUCCCUGACAGACGGCAACCUUAUUAAAAACCUCCAAUGAAGGAGAGUCCACCACCUUCCGAUGGCUCCUUUCCACUGCCGAACAGCUCAUACUGUCAGAAAGUUCUUCCUAAUGUUUAGUUGGACUCUCCUUUCUUGUCAUCUGAAUCCAUUGGUUCAGGUCCUACUCUCCAGAGCAGCAGAAAGCAAGCCUGCUCCAUCUUCCAUGGGGCAGCCCUUCAGAUAUAUGAAGAAGGCUUUCCCAUUGUCUCUCAGUCUCUUCUUCUUCCAAACUCCUGCUCCUCUACAAUUCUAUGAUGGUGUGAUGGGGCAGCAGCCCUCUCCUGACUUCUGUGUGUUUUAAUGUUUUUAAUAUACUGUAUAGCUGUUUGUUUUCUGGAAGUUGUUUUGUAAGCCUCUUGGAGUUGACUUGGCAAAAGCCUACAAGAUCUCCCUACUCCACAUGUGCCCACUCAAUCGCUUCAAUUGGCAGAAUUGGCAGUUGCCACGUGAUACCAGUUCUGCGUUAGCGAGAAACUGAUCGUUUAGUGAGACAGCAUGUACUCUGUGGAACUCCCUGCCUAUUGAGAUCAAGCAGGCACCUUCACGGUGCUUUUUCCAGUGCAUUCCUUUUUAGACAAGCCUGCCCAGAUUUUCUUCUUUUAUCUUUUUGUAAACCGCUUUUGUUUACAAUCAAGCGGUAUAUAAAUUUUGUGAAUUAAAUAAACAAGUGGUGAUGAUAAUGAUGAUGAUGAUGAUAUCAUCAUCAUCAUCAUCUGACUUUCAAACAGCUUCUCCCAUCCUCUCCUCCUCUUCAACUAGGUAAAGGUAAAAGAAGAGAACUUGGGUGGUGCUGUGGUCUAAACCACUGAGCCUCUUGGGUUUGCCGAUCGCAAGGUUGGUGGUUCGAAUCCCCGCGACGGGGUGAGCUCCCGUUGCCCUGUCCCAGCUCCUGCCAACCUAGCAGUUCGAAAGCACGUCAAAGUGCAAGUAGAUAAAUAGGUACCGCUGCGGCGGGGAGGUAAACGGCGUUUCCGUGCGCUCUGGCACUCGUCACGGUCCUCUGUGCGCCAGUAGUGGUUUAGUCCUGCUGGCCACUUGACCCAAAAAGCUGUCUGUGGACAAACGCCGGCUCCCUCGGCCUGAAAGUGAGAUGAACUCCACAACCCCAUAGUCGCCUUAACCGUCCAGGGGUCCUUUACCUUUACCUUCAACUAGGGUAACCUCGCCAAAAGUUAGGGCACAGGCUGGUUGCUACAGAACAUCCAUCAGGAUUCCUGUUCUGAGCCAUUUCUUUAAGCAUCUGGAGAAGUUGUUUCUUUCUCUGACCCCCCUUUUUAUCGUACAGGGUGAGUCACAGUUGGAAACUGUGUUAAGCUCUUUGAGCAAGGAAGUGGCGGGUCAGGGUGGCCUCUCUUCCUUUUGACUGACCUUUUUAUCUGCAAAAUGCACUUACUAAUUGAAUGUCACACUCUCAAGAGACCAAAGGGAGCCUGUUCUUCCCGGUGCUUUUGCUCCCUUCCCCGGAUGAGCCUGGCGGGGAAGGAGAGAAACAACCUUCUCUUCAUUCCGAAAGCAACCGCUGGAGUAUUUUGUUACCUUUAAAUAAAUGUGCCCGUUGCAAUCAUGCCAAGAGUAAAUUCCUACACUGUAAUUAAUGGCUCGGCCCAGACUUCUUAAAAAUGGCAAGCCUUACUCAGAGUAGUAAUAAUAAUAAUAAUAAUAAUAAUAAUAAUAAUAAUUUAUUAUUUAUACCCCACCCAUCUGGCUGGAUCCCCCCAGCCACUCUAGGCAGCUUCCAACAAAACAGUAAAAUACAACAACCUAUUAAACUUUAAAAGCUUCCCUAAACAGGGCUGCCUUCAGAUGUCUUCUAAAAGUUUGGUAGCUAUUUUUCUCUUUGACAUCUGAUGGGAGGGCGUUCCACAGGGCGGGUGCCACCACCGAGAAGGCCCUCUGCCUGGUUCCCUGUAACUUAGCUUCUCGCAAUGAGGGAACCGCCAGGAGGCCCUUGGCACUGGACCUCAGUGUCCGGGCAGAACGAUGGGGGUGGAGACGCUCCUUCAGGUUUACUGGGCUGAGGCUGUUUAGGGCUUUGAAGGUCAGCCCCAACACUUGGAAUUGUGCUCGGAAACGUACUGGGAGCCAGUGUAGGUCUUUCAGGACCGGUGUUAUAUGGUCUCAGCGGCUGCCCCCAGUCACCAGUCUAGCUGCCGCAUUCUGGAUUAGUUGUAGUUUUCGGGUCACCUUCAAAGGUAGCCCCACGGAGAGCGCAUUGCAGUAGUCCAAGCAAGAGAUAACUAGAUCAUGCACCACUCUGGCGAGACAGUCCGCGGGCAGGGAGGGUCUCAGCCUGCGUACCAGAUGGAACUGGUGGACAGCUGCCCUGGACACAGAUGUGACCUGUGCCUCCAUGGACAGCUGUGAUUCCAGAAUGACUCCCAGGCUGCGCACCUGGUCCUUCGGGGGCACAGUUACUCCAUUCAGGACCAGGGAAUCCCCCACACCUGCCCGCCUCCUGUCCCCCAAAAACAAUACUUCUGUCUUGUCAGGAUUCAACCUCAAUCUGUUAGCCGCCAUCCAACCUCCAACCGUCCAUCCAUCCUCCAAUCAUUUCUAAAACUUUUUAAACACCUUUCAAUAUUAUUGUGCCUGCAAAACAAAUACCUGUUUUAAUGGAAAAGUAAGUUAUUUUUUUCACUUCUUUUUAUCUACUUCUUGUGGGAUAUGUUUUAAUACGUAGGAGAGGAUAUAUUAAUGGCAAUUUAUCCCUCCAGGUGCCAACGUGUGUGGGUUGAACAUACCCUGAGAAGAGUUUAAAGUCUGAUCCUUAGCGGAAAAAUGGAAAGCAUAUAGGAACAGGUUGCGAAUUAAGUCCGGCUGAGAAGCAAGCUGCCUCCCCCUUUUCUUCCCCUGCUUAACAAAGAUGCAGACAACAGGCUGAGAAGUAGUUUAAAAUAUGAUUUAUUUACUCAUAGUCCUGCAUUUGUUCUCAGCAGCAACAGCAGGGAAAUAAAUGAAGGGAAAAUCUUUACCGCAUAAACAGACCUGAGGCGUGUGGUUGAGAUGGAACAGUAGGAUCCAUGUCUGCUCCCAUCGCUGGUCAAAGAGAAAGAGAGAGGAAAGGAACAGGAAAUACUUCUUUGAUUCUUCCUGCUCAAGAGAUGAGGGGAAAUGACAUCACGCAGAGCCCUCUCUACCAGUUACAUUUCUAUGGUCUGAGUCUCUGCCCAUCAGCAAUACAGCUCUGUGGCCUUAACCCCUUCUUAUGCUAACUAGCAAGAAUAUGCAUUGUUAGAUUUGGCUGCUAAUUUCCCACACUUCUGGUGCUGUGAGCAGCAGACAUUGAGGAAGACGGACUGCACAGUGGUUGGUCUACUGCAAGGGGGAGUUUUCCCCUCUUUCUCCUGCUUCAUGUGAAAUUCUCAAAAGCCCAGAUAAUUUCUGUACAAUGGCAUCUUUCUUGGGUGUUAUGUUCUGGGGAUGGUGCGGAUAUGCAAAAAUGCAUAUGUUCAAACGGCCUCCUUGGAACUGCCCCCAUAUAUGCAUUCAUGCCUUCUGGAGCUGGUGCGCCAGCCAGGCUAUACGCCCCCCUCCACAACUAAAAGUUCUCUGCUUUGUUUAUUGGGCAAGAGUCUGUGAUGCUCUCACGGGAUCUCACAGGGCCAUCCAACUAUCCACAAGACCAUCCCUAGCCUAGCAAGCAAGGCAGAGAGAUUAAAAUCUUUUUGCAUGGGCUCCACUUGGGUCACCUGGUACAAAAGAGUCCCCCCCCCCGCAUUUAAUUUGCACAGUUUCACAGUUUCAACAUAUAUAUAUAUAUAUAUAUAUAUAUAUAUAUAUAUAUAUAUAUGCUGUAAAUCCUGGCAGACAGAGCAAUCCUUGCACUUGGGCAAAAAAAAUGAGAGGCACAAAUACAAGAUGGGUGACACCUGGCUUGAGUGCAUGUGAAAAGGAUCUAGGAGUCUUGGUUGACCACAAACUUGACAUGAGCCAACAGUGUGAUGCGGCAGCUAAAAAAGCCAAUGCAAUUCUGGGCUGCAUCAAUAGGAGUAUAGCAUCUAGAUCAAGGGAAGUAAUAGUGCCACUGUAUUCUGCUCUGGUCAGACCUCACCUGGAGUACUGUGUCCAGUUCUGGGCACCACAGUUCAGGAAGGACACUGACAAACUGGAACAUGUCCAGAGGAGGGCAACCAAAAUGGUCAAAGGCCUGGAAACGAUGCCUUAUGAGGAACGGCUAAGGGAGCUGGGCAUGUUUAGCCUGGAGAAGAGGAGGUUAAGGGGUGAUAUGAUAGCCAUGUUCCAAUAUAUAAAAGGAUGUCACAUAGAGGAGGGAGAAAGGUUGUUUUCUGCUGCUCCAGAGAAGCGGACACGGAGCAAUGGAUCCAAACUCCAAGAAAGAAGAUUCCACCUAAACAUUAGGAAGAACUUCCUGACAGUAAGAGCUGUUCGACAGUGGAAUUUGCUGCCAAGGAGUGUGGUGGAGUCUCCUUCUUUGGAGGUCUUUAAGCAGAGGCUUGGCAACCAUAUGUCAGGAGUGCUCUGAUGGUGUUUCCUGCUUGGCAGGGGGUUGGACUCGAUGGCCCUUGUGGUCUCUUCCAACUCUAUGAUUCUAUGAUUCCUAUGCUUGCAUCAUAUGCAGAGAACUUCUAAGUACUAAUCAUCCCUUUUUUGCCCCCCUCUCUCUUUCCUCCCUUUUCUCUCUCCCACCCCUUUGCCCCCAUUUGAAGUUCCACCCAACCUGACUGUCCCGCAAGAAAAGUCGCCCUUGGUGACCAGGGAAGGAGACACGGUUGAGCUGCAGUGCCAGGUGACCGGGAAGCCCAAGCCGAUCAUCCUCUGGUCCAGGGCGGACAAGGAGGUCCCCAUGCCCGAUGGAACUAUGCAGAUGGAGAGCUACGAUGGGAUCCUGAGGAUCGUCAACGUCUCGAGGGACAUGACGGGGACUUACAGGUGUCAGACCAGCCAGUACAAUGGUUUUAACGUCAAGCCAAGGGAAGCCCUGGUGCAGCUCAUAGUGCAGUGUAAGUCCACACCCUCCCCUGCCCCCCCAGUUUUGUAA